AAAAAAAAUCUCAAAUAUAAUUACAGACGCGUUAAUUGAGUCAACAUCUAAUUAAGUCGUCUCAUCGUUUCUUGGAAGGUUCAAGAUAUGGUGAAACUUCUUACAAACUCCCUUUUAUCUUGCUCUCAAGACAGAGAAACAGAGCGUUUUGAUAUCGGAAUCGGAGAUGAGCAAGCUUGGGUUACAAACAUGGCUUCUUCUUCUUCUUCUUCUGCUCAAGAAAAGCAUGAUGUGUUUCUAAGUUUCAGAGGUAAGGACACCCGUUUUGGUUUUACUAGAAAUCUCUUUCAUGCUUUGUGUGGAAAGAGUAUCCAGGCCUACAUGGAUGAUCGAGAGCUUGAAAGUGGCCACGAAAUCUCGCCACAACUUAUGAAAGCGAUUCAGGAAUCUAAGAUUUGCAUCAUAGUUUUGUCCAAAAAAUUUGCAUCAUCGACAUGGUGUUUAAAUGAAUUGGUGCACAUACUUGAAUGCAAAGGAAAUGAGAAUGUUAUACCGAUUUUUUAUGACAUAGAUCCAUGCAUUGUACGGAAACAAUCGAAUAGUUAUGCAAAAGCAUUUGCGGAACAUAAACAACGCUUUAAGGACAAACCGGAAGAGGUGAAGCAGUGGAGGGGUGCUCUAACAAAAUUGGCUAAUAUGUGCGGUUAUGAUUCAAAGAAUUUCGGGGAUGAGCAUGAGUUGGUUAAAAAAAUUGCUGAAGAUAUUUUAUUGAAAUUGCCCAAGUACCAAUUAACAAAUUAUGGAGACCUCAUUGGAAUUGAGGAGCCUUUCAAGGAAAUUGAAUCAUUAUUAAGCAUUGGCAAAAUGGAUGUUCGCAAUAUAGGUAUUUGGGGCAUGGGGGGUAUCGGUAAGACCACCCUUGCUAGCCUUGUGUUUCAAAGAUUUUCAUCUUCUCAUUUUGAUGCUUAUUGCUUUCUUGAGGAUAUUCCAGAAGAAGCAGAUAAUACAAAUCACUUGAGAAAAAGACUUUUUUAUGAGUUAUUGGGGGAUGAAAAUCUUCUACGCAUGAACACUCCGGUUCUAGGAUCAAGAUCUAUUCAAAAUAGACUCCGCUGUAAAAAGGUUUUUAUCGUUUUAGAUAAUUUGAAUGGGAGAAGUUCCAAAUUAAAUGAUUUAUUUGAAGGAUAUCAACUUGCUAAUGGAAGUAGAAUCAUUGUCACAAGUAGAGAUAAGCAACUGCUUAUGACAAAGAAUUGUCAAAUUUACCAGUUUAAUGGUUUAUAUCACCGUGAUGCUCUUCAACUCUUUUGUUUCCAUGCUUUUGAACCAAAUUCACUUGCAACAUGUUAUGAGGCUUUAUUAGAAAGUGUUGCACAUUAUGCAAAGGGCAAUCCAUUAGCUCUUAAAGUCUUAGGUUCUUCCCUUAAGUACAAAAGCGUAGAAGAAUGGAAAAGUGCAUUGGAUAAGCUGAAAACAGAUCCAGAUCCUGAAAUUAAAAAAGUGUUGAGAAUAAGUUAUGAUGGAUUAGGCGAUAAAAGCAUCCAGGGUAUUUUUCUUGACAUUGCAUGCUUCUUUAUCUAUCAAGUACCUAGGGAAAAAGUAGACAGCAUAUCAAACCACACUGAUGCAACAAUAGGAAUAAGUGUUCUCAUUGAUAAAUCCUUAAUAAUUGGAAGUAAAGAAAGACUGGGAAUGCAUGAUUUACUACGAAAAAUGGCUUGGGCAAUUGUUUGUGAUGAAAGCAAAGAUUGUGGCAAUCGUAGUAGGCUCUGGAAUAAUAAGGAUUCCUGCCAUGUAUUGGAAAGAAAUACAGGAACCUCUGCAAUUGAAGGCAUAUUAUUGGAUCUGUCUCAACUCUGAAAAGAUGUAAAAGUGACCCGUACGGCAUUUUCAAAGAUGUUCAAUCUACGACUUCUUAAAUUGCAUUUGGGUAAUGAAUUUUUCCCUUAUGGACUGUGCAAAUACCAUAGUGGAGAAUGCAGACUCAGUCUUCCUGAUGGGCUUGAGCCUUUUGUUUCGGAUGAGCUAAAAUAUUUUCAGUGGGAUACAUACCCUUUGAAAUAUUUGCCAUAUUUUAAUCCCGAGAAUCUUGUUCAACUUAUUAUGCGUGAGAGCCAACUUGAACUUCUUUGGAAUGAAGACCAGCCACUUGAGCUGGUGAAGUUAGAGAAGAUCGAUCUUAGUUUUUCUGAGCACCUUAUGCAAAUACCAAAUUUGUCUCGGGCGAUAAAUCUUCAAGUUUUAAGUCUUAAAGGUUGCAGCAGUUUGGUUCAACUUCCUUCAUUUUUUCAGAAUCUUGGCAAGCUUCAGAUUCUAAAUUUGCAGUAUUGCUACAAUCUGAAAGAUGGCUUAGAAAAUCUUCCAAUCAAUGUAAGAAAAUUAUACCUGAGUAGGACAGCAAUUAAAAGUUUGCCGGAGAGCAUUUGGAAGUUGAAAUAUCUAGAACGGUUGGAUAUUUCUUUUUGCCGACACUUGAGAAAGAUUCCAUAAAUCUCGGGCCGUAUGGAAUUCUUGGUUGAAAUUAAGUUAUAUGGAACAGAGAUUGAAGAGUUGCCGAAGUCAAUUGUCAAUCUAACCCAUCUUGAAACUCCAAGUCUUGAGUCAAUAAGUUUCUUCCACGCAGUCAAGGUAAAUUAUUGCCUGUUCAGGAUUUGAACCUUAGGGAAUGUUCAUCACUUGAAGAAUUGCCUCCCCUUCCACAUGGUUUGGGGAAAUUGAAUAUAGGAAAAUGUGAGAGACUAAAAUCAUUACCAGAGCUUCCAUCAUCUUUAUAUGAUUUGUGUGCAGUGGAAUGUUCAUCACUUGAAGAAUUGCCUCCCUUUCCAGGUUUUCUUGAUUUGGAUAUAGGAAAAUGUGAGAGACUGAAAUCAUUACCAGAGCUUCCGUCACCUUUACUUCGUUUGUAUGUAGAGGAAUGUUCAUCAAUUGAAGAAUUGCCUCCCCUUCCACAUCGUUUGGGGGAAUUGGAUAUAGGAAAAUGUGAGAGAUUGAAAUCAAUAGCAGAGCUUCCAUCGUCUUUAAAAGUUUUGAAAGCAAACGACUGCACAUUGUUGGAGACAAUAUCAAGCGGGGGGUAUGCAACCCCACAAAAAAUAUAUCACGCACGUCCGUUUUUUUCGUUUGAGAACUGUAUAAAACUGGAUGACAACACACUCAACAAAGUAAUUGCUGAUCAUGUGCACCAUCGAAUUUCGUCUGCUGUAGAUGAUGCUCUGUAUAUGUAUCCAGGAGACGAAAUCCCAGAGUGGUUCAGCUAUCAAACUGGCAGUCAAGAUUCGAUCAAUAUCCAUCUUCCUCCAAAUUGGUUUAAACUGGAAUUGAGAUUUGCCAUUUGCUUUGUUUAUGGUUAUUAUAAUCAACUUAUCGACGUUGAAUACGAAGUAAAUUUCAAAGGCAAAACUAGUAAUGGUGAUGACCUCCUUUACAAGCAUGGUUGUGCAUUUAUAGAGCUUGAUGGAAGCAUUAUUGAUUCAGAUCAUGUGUCAAUUGUUACCCAACCUCACAGACAUGGAGGAUUCUUUUGGCCUAUUUCUGAUGAUGAAUUGUUAGAAGUAUUUGGGCCAAACUGGUCCUCUAUCUGUCGCAACAUCACCGAGGCUUCUUUCCGUGUAUUCCACGAGGAUCAGAACGGUGUGAUUAUGAACAUAAAAAAGUUUGGGAUUCACCCCCUUAACAAUGGGCUUGAGGAGCCAAAUGUAGACGGGGACAGUAGAUACCAACACAACCAUGACUCGCAUCCUCACAAUAUUUCCAAGAGAAUCAAGCUUAAGAGAUAGUAUAUUACCGUUUCUUUUUUAAAUGAAUAGCUGUUUUGGCAGAUAACACUAAAAGCUUUGAUGGAGGUCGGAGAGAGAGAGAAAGAGAGAGAACACAGUAAGAAGGGUGAAACAGAGGGAUAAAGGAAGAUAAGGUUGACCGCCCGGUAACCGCAGAGCUCUUAGUUUGUUAUACAAGGGAGUAGAAAGGAGGGAAGAGAAACAGUCAAGCUCUAAUGGCCUACAACUGCUUUUUUUUUUUUCUUUUUUCUUUUUUUUUUCAAUUCUUUUUUUGUUUUGGGAAUUAAACUCUUAAAUAAUUUUGCACUUUUUUUUGUAGUUUAAAUAUUUUUUAGCGUUGUUACUUUUUUUUUUUGUUGGGAGAAUUUUCACAUUGUUACUACAUUACAUAACCACUCACAU